AGGACGACAAAGAGAGCAGACAACAGGCGAAAGUCGGCUAGAGGGAGAAGAGACAAGAGCAGAGCUUGAAACUACACGCCAUGUCAAGUGUUGCUGGUACAGACCCGCAUCGAUCAACCUCAGGGGAAGUGACGGACGGAGGACAUGACGUCUCCUCCACUCGCCAUGAGUGCAACGGCGUCGCGUCCUGUUACAGCUACGUUUCGAGGGCUUGCAGGGGGGUGGUCGACCUGAUCUGCUCCUCGCCCCGCAAGGUCGUGAAUGUGGAUGCGCGAGAAUGUAUCUGCAGUCUGGUGGACGUCACGAGAAGGCAAGGCAGGACGGCUGCUGGCGCCGGGCUGGUGGGGCUGGCGGUGGGCUCGUUUUGCUGCGCAGCAGCUGCAACCAAAAUGCGGGUAGAGCCUGUCUGGCUUCCCAUCCUCUUCCGCGUCUUCCUUGCCAUGCUAGCUGUGGGAGGGUUUGUGCGGCUGUUCGCCAGGAGGUAUGUCUCGCCGACCCGCUGGCAUCGUAUGAGGAUCUUCCUCGCGUACUUCGUGGCCCUGACCAUGUCGUCUGUUGCUGCCACCAUUGCGACUGUGAUCGCCGUGAUCACUGCCAUAAGAAUGUACCUCAAGGCUGCUGUUGACUACGGUGUGGGCAGCGAGCAGAGGAGAUGGUUCUCGACAAUCAUCGGACUCUCCGUUGACGUCCUCGAGCUCGGUGCUCUUAUGCUUCAGAUGAUCCUCAUGACCCAGCGUUUCUUUGACCUCUGCAACGGAAACCUCAAGAAGCAGGAGGAGGAGGAGUGA